GAGUUUUCAGUAGAUAUAGGUAUAAAGCAUACGCCGUAUCAUACAUAUAUAACGUAUUGCCAGGUUUUUGUAUGUAUACACCUACACUGUUCUACGUGAUAUGUAGAUAUAUUGAUAAUUUCUCGCAGACUUUUCUUGUCCAACCAUUAACUGGCGUUUUAGCUUACACACAGGUAGCAUUUUUCGUAAGGAACAAAGUUGGUAGCGCUUCAGUUUGGACGUACGGUCGGACGGACUUAAUAUUGGAUCUAGUGUAGUGCAAGAGAUUGUGCGGAUUAAAUUUUUUUUUCAAGGAUUAAUUUGUAAAAUAAAUAGUUGUCAAAAUGUCGCAGGAUCAAGUGGUCUCAGUGCGUUUAAGGAGAAACACCACCAGCACCCCUUGGGGAUUUCGAAUGCAAGGGGGGCACGAGUAUGGAUCACAUCUCUUUAUACAGCAGGUAAAUCCAAAGAGUCUGUCUCAUCGCCUCGGGUUGCGGGUUGGAGACCGGCUUCUGGCCAUUGGAUCAGUCCAGGCUCAUAAUAUGAGCCACGAAAUGGCCAAAAUGGAAAUCAUCCGAGCCGGAAAUGAAUUAGACCUCAUCGUCCAAAGGGAUGCGUCGGCGGCCGUCGAUCAACUAGACAGUCGGCAAGCUUACAACAAACCGCAGAGAACCGAGCUUGUAGAAGAACCAACCGAGUAUAGAGGAUACACCAAUCCAAAUGUGCAAUCUAGAUCGUUCAAAAUAUUGCAGGAAUCCCUUAGUUAUUCUGAGGCGAAUGAAGAAGGUAUAGUAUUGCCGACAGGCAAUACCCCAGGAGAGGGUAUAGUCCGUAUGGCAUAUUCUGAGGGGAGGAGGAGGCUUGAGGAACUCUCUGAAAUUAAUCCAAGAAAUUUCACAGAGGAGGGUCAGUCCCCAUACAAGGUGACGGAGCAUUAUAAUAUUAAGGAGGAAAGUCUAAUAAGUGAGCCGGACCGUAGUGUUCAACAGGACCCAAAUGUAACAGUGGUUGCGGCCAAAACGUACGAUGGGUCUGAACCAAGGCGAAGGAAAAGACCAACACCAGUAGAUAUAGCACAAUCGUCAGUUCUUUCUCCUGCUGCAGGUCAACAACAAUAUCUUCAGCAAGCAAAAGAACACUACCAAACCAAACAAGAAUAUACGCAGCAACAUCAUGAAAAAUCGGCACCGCAACCGCAACAAGUUAUUGUUCAUCAACGGAGGUCACCAGAAAAACCACUGAAACUUGUCAACUAUCAAUUCGAUGAACAGUAUUCUCAUUUGAGAAAGGAAUCAAACCGACAAAAAGCAGUUGUUUCGCCGCAGAAGUCAAAUGACUUUAUUCCCGCCACUGAGACCGUCUCAUCCGUAGCAGCCGAUUUAGACUUGAAAAUUGUAUCACCAAGCGCCGCACCGCAGCAAACUUUCGAAGUGAGACAGACGACAAGAACAGUAGCAAAUCAAAAUGUUAGACCUGCUGCACAAGCACAAACAGUAAAGCCGAUAGAACAGCGUGCUCAGCCAACAUCACAAGUAACUAAACCAGUACAACAAGUAGCAAAACCUGUUGAAUCAACAGUGCAACCUGCAAAGCAAGUUGUACAACCAGCGGAACAAACUGUAAAACCAGUGGAACAAACUGUAAAACCAUCGGAACAAGUUGUUAAACCGACUGAACAAGUCGUUACAAAAAUAGUAAAAACCGUUGAAACAGUAGAAGAAACAAUCAAACCGGAAAAACAAAUAGUUAGACCUUCCCAAGAUGUAGGUAAUGUUACAGAAGUAAUUUCUUCCCAAACUGUCAAUGUGAAAUCCGGAACUGACGAAUCUCUAACGAAAUUCGCAGAAAGCUUAAGUGCUUCUGUUGUAGCUUCUGCACAAGAGACCAUCAAGACUACAUCAGUUACAGAGAAAACAGUAUCAGAAAAUGUGGAUGGCUGUUUGGUAUCAAAGGAAAGUACUGUACAAUUAGUUGAGGAAAAUGUUGCAAUCAACACUAAACAAGAAUCCGAAUCUCUUUCUAAACAAGAGGAGGAAGUGGAAGUUGAGUCAAAGCAAGCUGUUCAAGAACCACAGAAAGCAGUUGAGGAAGAGUCACAGAGUAAACAAAUUACAGGUAAUGUGACGAAAGAAGAAGUGGUUGCAUCUAUAGAGACUUCAGUCAAAAAAGAAAUAAUCCAGUCGGAAGUUACAGAACAGAAAGAAGCACCUGUAUCCACUGUUGUUGUAGAAGAAAUUAAAACUAUGGAAGACAUGCCAGAAACCAUUCAAACUGCCACUAUAGAAAAACCUCAAGAGGAAAUAGACGUUAAUAUAGAAGCAUCAACAAAUGUAUCAGAACAGAACGUACAAUCUACGAGAAGACCCUCCCUUCUAGUGCCAGAAACAGACACCGAAAUAAACGUUUCUGCACAUAACACAGAAGAGCAAACCUCUGUUACAGUUGAAGAAACAAGUAAUGAAUUUGCGGAAAGUAAAUCAGAAGAUAUUUCAAUAUCCUCACAAAUAGAAGCAGUGAUAACAUCAGAUGAAAACAUUGUAGAGAAUACUGAACAAACAAUAAACAUUGUUACAGACACGCAAGCUGAGGAACAAUCUUUUAGCAUUUCAGUUGGUGAAACUGAUGAAACAUCUGAAGUAGUUGAAAUGACCAUAGAUACAAAUGAAGCAUCCGAGAGCAACGCAUCUUUUGAGAUUUCAACAGAUGCUGAAGUUACUAUGGAUAUAUCCACUGAGGUAGAUGAAGAGGUCAAAAUUGAAAACAAUGCUGAUGCCGAUGCGGCGGUAACAUUAUCCGUUGGGCAAGAUGCUGAGGAAUCUGAAAGUACUUUUACAGUAUCCGUAACAGAAGAAGAUGAUGAUGGUUCAUCUGAGGUAAGUAAACCUAAAAGGAAAAUAACUGAACCAACAGAAAACGGACAGAAUAAACCAAAGCCUUCAAGAGCAAAAUUUGUUGACAGUCAAGGUGGAGUCGCAGCAAGACUGGCCAGAUUUAAACAAAAAUAAGCUAUAUUCAUAUGUUUAAAUUUACCUCUUUAGGUAGAGAAUGACCACAGAAUACAUUUUAGUUAGCAUUUAGUUACAUCAUCUAUAUAUCUGAUCAAUGUAUACACAUUAUCAUGUCAUUCAUAUAUUCAUAGCUUACCCAAGAAUGGACUUUUACAAUACAAUGAAGGAAACUCAUUGGUAUGGCUCCGAUGAGUCGGUGAACAAUGUCAAAGUUGAUAACGUUUAAACACCAGAAAACAACGAGAGAAGUAUAUUCGUAUGUACAGAUAAAUGUUGCUGCGAAUUGGAUCAGUGAAUUUGUUGAAAAGCGUACAUGUAUUAUAUCUAACAUGCCUUGGAUUUGAAGUGGGAAUGCUAUUUGAAGAAUUUGUUCUGAACCUGACACAAUGUUCCUUACACCUCCUCCUCUCCAAUAUACACAUUAUAAUUGACAAUUUUAAUUGCACAUACAGUUACUGUUUGGUAUCAUUUUCCGCAUAUACAGGCGUUUCAUUAAACCAUUUUGCAUUUGAUUUGAGUUUAAUUUAUUCCAGAUUUAGAAUAGUAAAGUUUACAUUACUUUUAUCCUUGAUGAUAAGUAAAAUAUUUUUAUAUAUAAUUUACCCCCUUUUUGUUAAUAAAUCAUUCCUUGCUCUUUAAUUUGUUUUGCAUGAUAUUCUAGAAGUGAACAUGAUAAAACUUGUUAAUUUUAUUUAUGAUAAUGCGUGCAUUUGAAAUCAGAAUGAUGCUGAUUUUCUUAAUUGAGAUUGUGUGAUGAUUGAACGUGUUUGCUUUUGUUUUUUUGUAACAGGUAACUGAAUGAAAUGGCUGGGAUUUUUACGAAUUUUUGCAAGAAAGCGUUUUUUGGCAGGAAACGUUGAUGGUCAUACGAAGAACUUUGUUUAAUGAAUGUGAAUAUGACGAGCUAAUGGUAUACGUUAAAGGUUGGACAAAAAGCUAUUAGCUAUGUCUGUACCCCUUGCUUUAACCAAUCCACUGGUAUUGUCGUGUAUAUGUUCGUUGUAUAUUCUGUUCGUAUGUUGUAAGGUGUAAACCCAGAAGCUUGGGCUGACCCUAGUUAUAAAGCUGAUCUGUGAUGAUAGGAAGUAAGGGAGAUAAUAAAUCAUUUUAAUAUGACUUCAUAUAAUAUUUGGCUGGGAAGGGAAAUGAUAAGGGAUAUAUAUAUGUUGCAUAUAGCCUUGUACUUGUUUUAACGAUAUCUGAAUUGGUACCGCUUCAUAUUGAUAAGUUCUAUUGAUAAUUCUCACUGGUUUUACAUACAGGGAUAUAUGUCUUGUAAACGUUCGUGGCGGGAAUUGUAGACUAGUUAAUGUUUACAGUCAACCUUUUAACCAGCAACGUCUCCUAAGUGCAAUUCUUUUAACAUUUCUGUGUGAGAUUUAUUUUGAGUUUAUAAUGCAUUAUUUUUGUGUGGAGAUUCAUUUCCUUUUUAUGUUUGUCCACUUUUAACUGAAUGUUUUGUGCAGAUGUCUGCGACCGGCUAAACCAUUUACUAACAUUAACCUCGAAUAUAUAUUACAUAUGUGAAUUAUAUGUGUUUAUAGUUUUUAUUUAUUUGUUAUACGAGACCUUUGUUAGGUGUUAAAAAUAUUUCAAACUGGUUUAGUAAGAAAUGAGGGCAUUAGAGGAUAUAUCUUGUUGUAUAAUUUAUUGUAUAUUUCUGCAUUUAUAAGCAUUAUAUUUUCUUUGUCUCUAUCUGCAGGCAAAACAUCUGUAUAAGUUAUGAGAUAAUGUAACACUUUAAUAAGGAAAGCGUUUUUUAUGUGUUAUUUUAUAUGUGUUUAUUUUCUGAAAUGAAGAAGUAUGUAAUAUUUUACCUGCCUGUUUUAACCAUUAAGAUCAGUUACAAGAUAAAACAAUGCAGAAAACUCACUGCAUCCUGGUUCUAUACAAUCAGCAAUAUAGUUAUGCUUUUCCAUCAAUUACAUCUUCCUACAUAAUAUGACAUGCUGGAACUAUACAAUUUAUAGCGAAUAAUCUAUCUGUUAAAUAUUAUAAUAAGCUGUGAUUUAUAAAUGUCUAUCUUCAGUUAUUGACAUAGUAUAAUAGUGCAGUCAUGGUUUUUGCACAGCAAUUAUUUGUAUGUUUUGAUAUUUUGAAAAAAUGCUGAAUAUUUUAUUUUACUGAUAAGAUAAAACUUCAGUGUUAACUAGGUUUACUGACAGUGUAUAUAUAUCAUUGUGAGAAUUGUUACUCUUCUAGUGUCAUUGUAAAAACUAACAAGCCUAUGAUAUAUUGUUAACACAAUAUUCGUCAAAAUGUAAGUAUUUGAUGGUAAAAAUGUCAGGGUAAGUUACUUGGCAAGUAAUAUCGUGAAGGUUGUAUUAACACAUUAUGUACAUAGGACUUUGAGCAAACAGGUCUGGCAACAUGACAAAACCUAGGUGAGCAUGUUGCCAGCAAAUAUCUGCAUGCAACAAGUUACAGAUAAUAUAUAGAAUCAUCAUAAUCUAUCUUCUCUUCCAGUCUCUUCCAGUCUAUGACGUAUCUAUUAUUGUAUCUUUAACUUUGUAUUGUUACAAUGUCAGGGAUUUUUUUGUCAGAAAAUAUUUAUAGAUAUUUAAGAAAGUGGUGCAAUACUUAUUUUAUUUUGACAAUUUCGGUGUAAUAUAAAACAUCAUUACUGAUAUACAUUACUAUAUCUUUACACUUGAAAGACAUCUACAACAAAAUACCUUAAUAUUUGUUGAAUGUUCUUUAGAUGCACUGUAUCUGAUACAAUUAUAAUAUAGAAUGAUAUAAAGAUUAUUUUAUACAUCAACUUCACAUUUUAUCUCUGUAUGGUAAUUUCUAUUAUCUGUUGAUUUUUAACAUGCCAUAAUUUACUGAAAAAAAAACAUGUCUAGACACAUCUAUAUUAAUUAAAAUAAAGUUUAUGUCAUGUUUAAAACACAUAAAUAAUCAUAAAACUGUUAUAUAAUUAUGUUCUUUUUAAAAAAUCUUAUCAUGAUAAUAUAUAUACACAUUAUAUAUGAUAAACCAUUGUACAACAGGUUAAUAUUUUAUACUAUAUAUGAGAUAUUUUAUUCAAAUUUAUUCCGGACUGUGCAGCUUCUAAAUUUACAAAUUAACAUAAUUUCAUGUAAUAGUAUCCUAGUAACAUUUUAAAAUAUCUAGAAUUACCAGCCUCCUAUUUAUAGACAAACUUUUGACAUUCAUAGAGAACAGGAUAAUGUAUGGGUUAAUAUGUGAUCAUGUUUUUGCUAACAAUUUGGCUCCAAUGAUGUAAGGCAUUGAAACAACAUACACUGUAACACUAUUUACACGAUGUUUUUUGACAUUGGCCAGUAAUUUAUAUAUGAUAUCAUAUUAUUGUAUGUCUGUGUAUUUGAAGAAUGUAUAUAUCACUGUAUAUAUGUAAUUCCCAUAUAAUUGUAUACAUGGUCUAUUGUAUGAACUUAAACUGUUAUAUCUUUUUUUUAAGUACAUGCAUUUAUCUAAAUAUAUGUGUAAAAAUUGAAGAGUUUGAAAACAAAAAUUAUUACUAUAGUAAACCUUUAUAAUACAAUGAUGAAUGAUACAUGUUUUUUUUUUGUAUUAUAAUUUAAGAGAACAUAGCAAAUGUAGUUCAAUAUUUACAUACAUCUACAUUAAUAAUAUGUAUGCUGUCAAAUCUGUAUAAAAUAAAUUUAACAUGGCUAACAGUGGCUCUGAAAUAUGCUAAAGUACUUGUUGAUUAAUCUUUGUUUUUGACAUUUAGUGCAAGUGGAUGCAGCUGAGUUAUUACUAAGUUCUUAAAGUCUUAAACAAGUUGUUUACCUGGUGACAGGUGGUCUCAAUAAAUACAUACAUAUUUGAAAAAGUGUAUUACUACCUUUUUCCAUGUGUCUUAAAUAUAGGUGUGACUGUAUGCAAAUGUUUGAAAGAUGUUAAAUUGUAUAGGAUAUAUAUUGUGAAUGGCCUGAAGUCUGCAUGUUAAUCAGUAUAGGGGGUAUAUAAUAUUGUUUUCUGUAUAUAUGUCAUUAUCACAUCCAUUCCUGAGUAUUAUUAUUCCACUGAGACAUAGAGAAAAUAGUUACCACAUGUUAUAUAUACUAUACUGUAUAUUAUAUAUGAAAUGUAAUUAACUUUCUAUGGUAUGUUGUUUUGUUAAUUGCAACAUUUCCCAUUAAUAUCUACACAUUGCCAGAUGAUUGUGUAUAAUAAAGACUUCUCAAUUUCAUAGAGAAUUUUUUAAGAAUUUCUUUCUCAAGAUGUGUUAAACAAAAAUAUUAAAUAACUGGGCCAGAAUGUCUGCUUCAAAUGUCUGUCUGUCCGUCUGACUUUCUAACUAACCAGAAGUAUAUUAUGUAUCGAGGACCAUAUUAUAUAUAUUAUACAGUAAUGUCAAGUAUAUAUUUUAUAUUCAGAGCUAGAAUUUCACUUAUAAGUUAUAUCAUCCUUAAAAUUAGUCAGAUAUAAAGUUGCAACUUUCAAAUUUUUCAUAUAAUGUUUAUAAUGUUCUAAUAACUUUUUCUCUCUGGAACAAUUGCUAGAGUCAGUGGAUAGUCAGAUAUUUGCUGAACAGAGUUCAAUAUGUUUUGCUGGCCAUAAAGUUAUUACAUAGGUAAUAAAAGACACUGUUAUCAAUUAACCAAACCUCAUAUCAAGAUGGUGUGUUACCUGGGCAAUGUUAGAUGUAUGUUUACAUGUCCUCAUACCUAUAAUCACUGGUGCUAGGCAAUAUUUAUAUACAUAUAUAUAAUGACUUAAGGCCAACAUUUUUUUGUAUUAUAUGUUUCUGAAAACACACUGUCUACAAUCUCAAACAUUCAACAACAUUUCGGAAGAACUAUUCUUAAUUUCUAUUGUUCAUUCAAAAUCUCAUGAAUAGACGAGAAUCUAUUACAAAGUAGAAAAUAACCCUUACUAGAAAACUAGAUAUAAUUAACUAUAUAUUCCUAUAGGCCGAAUGUAUUAAUAUUAUUAUUUUUUCAACACACAAAAUAAUAAGUCUAUUUUCAUUUUUUUGAAGCAAAUAAUAAAAAAAUUUGGUCUUAUAAUCAAAAUUGUAUGUCUAAAGGUGGUUCUUGUAUGUAAAAGAUUAGCAAAUGAAGGUAGAACUGGUUACUGGCUGCUAUAUUGUUUUGUACAGGUAUGAAUGUACUGCAUUAAUUUUAUAGUAUGCUAAACUUCUUUGUUGUCACAAGCUGUAGUAUUGUUGUUUUGAUUUUGUUAUUCUACAUGCCUUAAUAUUUUGUUAAUUGUAUAUUAAAUCUAUAUAUGGCACAGUGUAAAAAGAUAUGUUUCUUAUUUAAGAUGUAAAUUUUUUAUGUUCUUCUUUGUUUUAUUUAUUUUAUACAUAGCUUUCCACAGGUCUUAAGUUCUUAUGCUAUCAUAGUACUGGUGCAAUGUUCCUUUUUAUGAUGUAAAACUGCUGAAUCAAAAGCAAAAAAAUAUUACAGGUAUUAUCAGAUAUAUGUUCAAUUCCUACCUCUAUAAUUAUAAUAUUUACUAUAAUUAAUGAUAAUUUGAGAGAGAACAAUUAUUAAAAGAAAACAUUAUAAGUGUAAGCAGUUCAACAAUAAAGAGGACAUGCCUGUAUCAGAUGUGUGUAAGUUACUUUAAGACAGAACUUUCCUUUUAUUAUAUAUAUAUUUACAAUUUGUAACCGUUUUAUGUUUGUAUAAUAAUGGAAAGUUUCCAUGAGUUUGCUACCAUGUAUUGUUUCAAUACUGUAAUUUUGAUGUGAUAAGAAUAAAAUAAUGCAAAUAUCAA